AUGGGGCGAUCAAUGUAUAGUAAAUUGCAACAGUAUAGAACUCAAGCCCAAGAAGCAAGAGCUAGUACAGGUUCAACUUUACAAUGCAUCAACUUACACGAGUUCUCAAUUUCAAUUUCAAUUUCUUCAAAUUUCCACCUGCAAUUUUAUCUAUAUCUCAUCAUCUUCUCGUCAAAUUUCAUUACUGCGUUCCUCCUCACAGCUUUAAGGUUUCCAGGUGGCCAAACGAGGAAUGCGAUGAUUUUUUGCCAUGGUUGUAGAAGAAGGCUAGGGUUCAGAUUUCUGAAGUGCUUUCAAUUGGAAAUUCUGAUUUUUGAAGGUCCUUGUUUGCUUGUAAGAGUAUACAAGCUGGAGACUGCCUACUGAAAGUUCCUUUUAAUGUGGUAAUUGUUGUGGAGGAAGUUCUAUUACAUCCAAGAUACUUAACUACCUCAACUUUUCUCAAGAAACUGUCACUUUUGAAUUGACAGCAAAUAUCUCCUGAUAAUGUCCUGCCUGAAAUCAAGCCUUUGCUCACUGAUGCAGUAGGGACUGAUGCAAAACUUGCAAUUGUUAUUCUAGUUGAGCAGAAAAAAGGUCAGGUAUGUUUUGAAAUUCAGAUAAUGACCCCAGCUGGGAUGAAGAUUGAAGAUUGAAGAACUAUCUUUAAAUACCGUAGACUUACAUUAGUCAAAGGUUAUUACUGUUAGGUGUCACUGGCUUAUCCACUUCUUAUUAAAGUAGAAUGAUCAACUAUUAUUUGAUUUUUGGAUUGUGAUGGAAAUUGGAUCUCUUCUUACUUAUUUUUGGGAGUAAAACGUUCAAUUUGUUUAGUGUCGCACGGCCUGCCCCCCCCCCCCCCCCUACGGACGAGCUUCGCAUUCUGCAUUGGAUAAAGUUGAUAUUGAUUUUAAUUUGCUUUGGUAGGAUAUUUACUUUGUCUAUAGGAUCUAAGUAAACUGGAGUUUGAUAUUAUGUUUCCCUAUUCUU